CUGAAUGGGCAAUGAACGUGGCCGGCAAGCACCAACCUGAUAUUAUUGAGCGACCAGCCAGUCUCUUAGUGCCAACAUGGACAAAAUGCGGCCUUGCCCUGGUGUAUAAUGAGGAUAGCGGUAACACCUACGAUAUCCGUGUCAAGCUGUCCAAAGAGAUGCUAACCUUACAGAAGCAGGACGUGGUCUGUGCGCAUGGAGGGGACCCCCACUUAAAUCACAGAACUGUUGUACUUCGAAGACAGCCGACUGGAGGUCUCGGACUAAGCAUCAAAGGGGGUGCUGAACACAAAGUGCCUGUGGUUAUUUCAAAGAUUUUUAAAGAUCAAGUAGCAGAUCAGACAGGGAUGCUGUUUAUCGGUGAUGCCAUGUUACAGGUCAAUGGCAUCAACGUUGAGAAAUGCACUCAUGAAGAAGUGGUCCACCUUCUGCGUACGGCGGGAGAUGAAGUCACGCUCACUGUUCGGUACCUCAGGGAAGCUCCAGCUUUCCUGAAGCUGCCAUUAGGCUCUCCAGGACCUUCCAGUGAUGACGGCAGCCGAGCGUCCUCCCCUCUCUUUGACAGCGGUUUACAUUUAAAUGGGAACUCAAGCAACACGGCUCCGUCGUCGCCCUCGUCGCCCUCGGCUAAUGACCCAAAGUAUGAGAGGCGCUGGGUGGACGCAGUGUCCAUCCCUCUGGCCAUGGCCCGGGUCUCCAGACACAAAGCCGGAAGCCAUAAAUUAAGGUCCAACAGUUUUGAAGUAUUUGCCUUAGAUGGAGCAUGCACCAAUGUUCUGCAGUUUUGCACAGCAGCAGAAAGCACAGACUGGCUUCAAGCAAUAUCAACCAACAUUAACGAUUUGACACAAGAGAAUAUGAAAAUGGCCAACCAGGGCUUCUCUUCUGAUGAUCAAAUCAUCCAUAUGGGUUGGGUCUGCGAGCACCUCCAGUCAAGCGAUGCCAGCCAGACUCACAAGUACAAGUUCCUGGCUCUCAAAGGAUCCUCGCUCUACAUCCUCAGGAGUCCGCCUGUCAAUAUGUCAGACUGGGCUCAGGCCGAAACGACCUUCAACCUCUGUGAGGUUCUCUUUAAAGUUCACAAGCUCUGGGUGGCGGAGGACUGCUGGAUCCAGGCGAAGCUGUAUCUGGGCUUGCAGCAGGACUGCGAGCAGCGGGACAGCGAGCCCUUCUGCUUCAGCGUGCUGGUGGGGCACGGCCAGAGCCACUCCUUCAGCGCGGAGCUGGGCUCGGACCUGGUGAUCUGGGACAAGGCCUUCCAGAGGGCCGUGUUCGCCGAAGUGCGCCGGGCGGGAUCAAAGACAUACAUGUGCAGCAGUCACGGGAGAAUACUGUGCUUCACCAUCGACUUCGACGCCGGCUUCUCUUGCUCGGAGAGCAUAUCAAAGAAAAUCCUUUGGAGGUACAAGUUCUCCCAGCUAAAAGGCUCCUCUGACGACGGCAAGACGAGAGUGAAACUCCUCUUCCAAAACUCGGAAAACAAACAAAUCGAAAUGAAGGAGUUGGAGUUUGCCAACCUGACGGCAGUGCUUCACUGCAUACAUUCCUUCAUCGCCGCCAAAGUGGCCUCGGUGGACCCCGUCUUCGUCAACAAUCAAAGCAUCACCAGGAAAUACAUGGGCAACAGCUAGAGGAAAUACAUGGGGUGCCUCUCAUUUGGGCUUUUAUACGUCCUCCCUCGCUCCUCGGGCCUCGAUCCUCACUGAUCUACAUAAAGAAUGAUGGGGCGAAAACAAUGGGAUAGUCUAUCCAGUGUUAGUUAUAGAUCAGUGGGAACGCCCCUCGAGGAUCGAGCAUUGAGGAUCGAGGAGGCAUGUU